UAGGAAGAAUGGAACAAAUCAAGCUAUUGUUUUCAUGUAUCCCUUUAGUUCUGUUUAGAUCACCCUGCGAUAUGAAAUGUUAGUCAUGAUGAUCCUUAUUUAAAUUUUGUAUCAUUUCACUUGGCCUUUGUUUUUUUAACCUAAAUCACUAACCACAACAAAAGAUAAAAAGAAAGAGUGGUAUCCACUUAAUUUGUAGCUAAAACUCCUUGAAUAGCCUUUGAUAAAUUCAUUCAGUUGCGAAAAAAAAAAACAAAAAUAAUCAUCAAUUCAAUGGAGCUGAUUUGGUUUGCUAAGAAUUAUACUACUAUUUCUAAUAAAUACUGCAUUAUUAGUAUCCAUAUACAGUUAGUUAUACACACUCGUGAGUUUUUUUCUUCUUUUCAUUUGACAGCACCACACGCUUGAGUUGGAUCAUAUUUGGAGUUAUUAUUCAUCAUCAUCAUCAUCAUCAUCAUCAUCAUCAUCAUCCGCUUCCCACCUUUUCAGAAAUCAAGCUCACGUAGAUUGAAUGGGAUUUCAGUUUUCUAGUGAUGUCUGACACGAUAAGCAAAACAAUCUGCUCUUUUUUUUUCUAUUUUGUUUGGCCUAAUAUAAAUUGCAUUAAGUACACACUACACUGUAAGUAACCAUCAUCAGCUUCCUACCAAUUGAGAGUGUCCAAAAAUGGGUCAAAAUUCUUAUGUUUCUGGUAUCCCGGAAAUCAGCCUGAGCUCCGGUUGUCGAGGGAUGCCAGUUCUCGGAUUCGGGACCGCAGCCGAUCCUCCGGUGGAUACAGAAACCACUAAACAGGCCGUAUUCCAAGCAAUUGAGUUUGGAUACCGGCAUUUCGACACGGCUGCUCUGUACAAUUCAGAACAACCUCUUGGGGAAGCCAUAUCUGAAGCAAUUAAACGAGGAUUGAUCAAAUCCCGGCAAGAGCUUUUCGUUACAUCCAAGCUAUGGUGCAGUGAUGCUCACAAAGAACACGUUGUUCCAGCUUUGCGGAAAACACUUGAAAAUCUGAAGAUGGAUUACGUUGAUCUUUAUCUUAUACACUGGCCUGUGAGUUCUAAGCCUGGGACUUAUGAGUACCCUAUAAAGAAACAUGAUUUUCUGCCUAUGGAUUUUAAGUCUGUCUGGGGAGCCAUGGAAGAAUGUCAAUUACUUGGACUAACCAAAUCUAUAGGAGUUAGCAACUUUAGUGUCAAGAAGCUCAAAGAUGUUCUCGCCAAUGCCACAAUUCCCCCGGCUGUGAACCAAGUUGAAGUGAACCCAUGUUGGCAGCAGAAGAAAAUGAUGCAUUUCUGCAAGGCAAAUGGGAUUACAUUGGUAGCUUAUUCUCCCUUGGGAGCUUAUGGAACAUUCUAUGGCACCAACAGAGUCAUGGAAUCCGAUGUUUUAAAGGAGAUAGCACAAGCCAGAGGGAAGACUGUUGCUCAGGUUUCUCUGAGAUGGGCAUAUGAGCAAGGCAUUGGAGUGGUGGUGAAAAGUUUCAAUAAGGACCGGAUGAAACAGAACCUUGAGAUAUUUAAUUGGAAGCUAGAGGAUGAGGAAAAUAUGAAGAUUAAUGAGAUCCCGCAAGAAAGAGCUUGUCUUGGAACCGAUUACACAUCAGUUCAUGGACCUUACACUUCAAUCCAGGAGCUUUGGGAUGAUGAAUAAUAAUUAUUCGCAUUUUAUCACUACUGCAUUGUCUUUUAACAAAAAAAAAAAAACUACUGCAUUGUCUACAAAGAGGAUACAGUACCAACAUUUAUGCACCUGUUUCUGGUCCAACUCCA